CCGGAUGAACUUGCGGAAUGUGUUGUGUGCAACGACCCGACGAUUCCCACAAUGCUUAGAGAGGGAAGGAGGGCUCAUCCAAAGGAGGCUGGGAUUUCUUUUUAAAACACCCCCUCCAGCUCAGCUCCAUUAUAUCUUAUUUGUGCACUUGUUCCUCCUACGGCAUCCUCACAGUGGAUAUGUAUUCCCUCUCUAGCCCUUUUGCCUGGAAAUAAAGUUGUCUUUUGUUUUCGGUUGGCACUGCCGCUGCAUAAUUACAACACCUGGACAUGUUGGUGAGCCAGAGGCUACCGGUAAAGCUGCUGUUGUCAUAAGAAAACGGUGGAAUCAAUAACACUAAAAAUAAAAAGCAGAAGUAUAUAUGAACAAGGUAACCUUUCUGUUUGAGGACUUGUGAAUCAUCAAAGUAAUUUCAAACAAAUAAUAAAGAGUGAAAAGACAAAGGAAAACAACCACUUGCAACAGCUCCUGGGAGAGUUUCUCCCCCAACCUUCUAUGGCCUUCCUGCCUGCUUCCUUAGACCAGGCAUGACCGUCUCCCCGAAAAAACACAGUGCUCAGCCUGGUUCCUCCUCCUACAACACAAGCCCCAGAUCCAAAAUGGAUGAGGUUGAUGGCCUGCGGUUGAAGCUCUCCUCUGAGGACUCUGUGUCGCUGGCUUCCUCCUUAGCUGAGCCCAUCAACCUAGAAGAUUCCCAUUAUGCUCUGCUGCGAGGCGAGCUGGAGUCCGACCAGCAGAACCUGGAGGCUGAGUCGUGGAACAUGGCUGUGGACCAGAAAUACCUGAAGACUCUUAACAAAGAGGCUGUUAAAAGGCAGGACGUCAUCUAUGAGUUGAUCCAGACGGAGAUGCACCAUGUACGCACCUUAAAAAUCCUUCUCCGUGUCUACAUGCAUGAGUUCAGGCAGUCUUUGCUGAUAGAAGAGGCCAGGCUGGAGCGACUUUUUCCUGGGGUGGAAUCCCUGCUCACCCUCCACCAGUACUUCCUUAACUGCCUCAAAGUGCGACAAAAGACAAGUCAGGAGGAAGGAAGCCCAAGCAAUUACCAGAUCACACAUCUGGGGGAUAUUCUCAUUUCUCAGUUUUCAGGACCAGUGGGAGAAGGAAUGAUGGAGUGUUACAGUGUUUUUUGCGGUCAUUACAAUGAAGCUAUCACCUCCUACAAAGAGCAGUUGCAGAAUAACAAGAAACUGCAGGUCCUUUCUAGGAAAAUCGGUCAGCUGCCCCUGGUACGAAGGUUAGGAGUUCCUGAGUGUUUUCUAUUGGUGACUCAACGCAUCACAAAAUAUCCUGUCCUGGUGGAGCGAAUCAUACAGAACACUGAAGCUGACACCGACGAGUACAGGUCUCUGGUACAGGGUCUGGUGCUGAUCAAAGACACCAUCAACCAGGUGAACGCUCAGGUCAGUGAAUAUGAGAAAGCCGCUCAACUGAAAGACAUCGGCCUGCGUCUGGAGCCAAAAUCUCAGGGCCGGCUGAAGGACGGUCAGCAGCUCCACAGGGAGGAUCUGCUCCAGGGAAACAGGACGCUGCUGCACAAAGGCACAGUCACCUGGAAGUCCUCCGGUAAACAAAAAGACAUCCAUGCUGUGCUGCUGUCAGACGUGCUCCUCCUCUUACAAGAGAAAGAUCAGAAGUUUGUAUUUGCUGCUGUGGAUAACAAACCACCAGUGAUCUCCCUUCAAAGGCUGAUUGUUAGGGAAGUGGCUCAUGAGGACAAAGCCAUGUAUCUCAUCUGUGCAUGCACUACUAGCAUGCCGGAGAUGUACGAGAUCCACACACGCUCCAUAGAGGAACGCCUCACAUGGACCAGGCUGAUACGGGAAGCUGUGAACUGCUAUCCUGAAGAGGAACAGUACCGAGAACUGACUGCGAAACUGCAACAAUUUCAAGAUAUUCUAAAGGUAAGGGAUGACCAGAUAAAGCAAAUGCUGACAGAGAAGCAGCAGAUCUUUGCUGCUCUCUACGAGACGAUGACAGAGCAGGAAACCCCCCACAAAGGGCUGCUACUCCGAGGAGAUGACACUGACCUCCAGCAGGGGGCGACACUGCUCAAAGGAGCCAUCAAUGAGGCGGAAAACCUGCAGACCCUGCUCUUUUCAUGGAUAAGAGACCCAAACCUUCUUAUGGAUGAGGGUAAGAUGCAGGGGGGGCUCAGGAGGGCCGAGACCUUUGGAGUGGCUGAUGCUAGCGCAAGCACCAUGAAAAAUGGGGAUACUGAUGGCAGCGAGGGCAGUCCCUCCACUAGUGACCCUCAGCUUCAGGAAAGUUACAGCUCUGAGAGCUUGGAACCAUUGGCUGAUGACGACACACCAAUGCCAGACUGCAGUUUAACCUCCAGUUAUUUCCCUGAGGCAGAGGUGUGUGACAGAGUGAUACUGCUCGCACAGAGGCUGUACAGCUUGGAAGCAAUCAUCAUCCAGCAGGACAGCCAGAUUGAGCUGCAACAUGCUUUUCGGACAAAGAUCAAGCAGCCUGCUCGUCAUUACAGCAGUGUGCUACUCGAGCAGGAGAAGCAACGCAACUUGGAGAAGCAAAAGGAGGAACUUGCCAACUUGCACAAGCUGCAGGCCCAGUUUCAAGAGGAGCAGCAGCGCUGGGAGAAGGAGAGGGAGCGGCAGAGGAUACAGAUUGAGACUCUGGAGGCUCAGCUGCAACAAAGGGAGGAGGACUGCCGAGAGUGUGAGAAGAAGCUCAAAGAAGAGAAGGCUGAGCUGGAGAGGUUGAAGGAUGACUAUCAGCAAGACCUGGAGAGGCUGAGGGAAUCCACCCAAUCGGUAGACAAGAACAAGGAGCUUCUGAAUCAGGAGAGGGAGCGCCUAGAGAAAUUAAAGAAAUACCUCCCAGUACACAACUAUGAUGAUCCUACACAUCACUGGCCUCUGUCCAAUUACCAGUCGUUCAGGGGAAGCAUAUUGAACGGAGGUGGGACCUGGGAUCUAAAGCACCACAUCUUUCCCACCAGCUCCAACUCCAUGGAAACUCCUCCAAAGGUUCCACCGCGCAGGGAGAGCAUCAUUCCUCUGCCAGCCAAGCCUGAGCUGCCAGUCCACCUGAUCAGCACCACCAACCAGGUGCACAAACCUGCUGCCGUGCAGCAGAAGAUCCCCACCAAACUGGCUGCUCAGUCCAAGGAAAAGGAGAAAGUUUCAAAGAAGAAAGGGUCCCACCAGAGAACGCACAGUGCAGCUGGUAUUGACGUGAACCAGGUGCUGCCCAUCCGAGUGACCGGGAAAGAAGGAGGCAGUCUGAGAGCCAAAAGGAACGGCAGUCCCCAAACACACUACCUGUCAGGUGCCUUCAACCCACCAGGAUCAAUGCGCAGUAUAAAAACGUCUCAGUCCUUUAGCACACAGAAGAGGAGCAGCAACGAGUCUCCACCACCGCCGACGCCUCCUCCUUUCCCCAAAGAUGUUCCCAAAACAAGCACGCCGCCUCCUCCUUUUCCCGAAGAAUUUCCCAAAACAAGGAAAGAGAAGGAAAUAUUCUUUUAAUCCUAAACAUAACUGGAGUUACGAUGAGGCCUUGUCCAUCAUAAAGACUUUUACACAUGGAAAGACUGAUGGAGCUUUUAAAAGACAUUGGACAUGACUUCAUGACAUCCACGUGUGUCCAGCAUGAAGAUAUUUUAUUACUAGAAACCAGCUGUUUGUAUUCAGACUGGUCUUGCAUUGCCAGACCUAUCUCCACAGGUGGAGUAUGCUCUGGCUUGUUUGUAUUUCUUUAAA